AUAUGGUUUACCGUGAGCCUGUAAUAGACCAGAAUUUAGAAAGCAAACGCGGUAAAUCGCGCGGAACAGCAGACUUCGAAGACUGGCCUGCAAUUCAGCCCCCACCAGCACGACGGCCAACUCCGACAGGCAACCGGCCAUCAGCGAGGAGAGCUUAUCUACAAUUUCGAUCUUCUUGUCAACUACUCACCCUCACAGACUCAUCCCUACCAAGAUGGUGACAUUUCGAGAUACUGACCCCGAACUCAUCAAGGCCCUGGAGCAGCCGUGGCAUCGGGACACGCUGGCCCAGGUGCGAACGGGCAAAGUCGAGCCGACAUUUUCCACUCGAGAGCCGUCAGCCAUCUACAAACAGAUCCGAACGGGGGCUGUAGCCGUGACUGUCCUCGGAUGCGAAGGCGACGAACACGCGUUUGAACUCGGCGGCGGUCCCGAGAAGGCUUUGCUGCAGUACAGCACCCUCCAUUACCAGCAAUGGAAGAAAGAACUACCCCAGAGCGACGGGUUGUUCGUCCCUGGUGCCUUUGGCGAGAACCUCGUGGCGACCUAUGCGAACGAGCGCAACAUGUGUAUCGGCGACGUGGUGCGGAUUGGCGGACAAGUCAUCGCGCAGGUCACGGGCCCGCGCCAGCCGUGCUACAAACUCAACCUUCGGUUCCAGGCCGAGCACAUGCCGACUGGAUCGCAAGAGCUGUUUCGCACGGGAUGGUUCUACCGCAUCCUAGAAGAAGGCACGAUCCAAGCGGGCGACGAGAUCGUCCUGCUCGAGAGGCCGAAUCCGGAGUGGACCGUCGCUAGGAUCCAAUUCUAUCUCUAUCAUGAUAUGCGUAACAAGGACAUGAUGCGGGAGAUUUUGAGGAUAAAAGAACUUGGCUCCGAAUCGCGCGGCAUCUUCAGAAACAGACUGAAGAAACAGUUGGAGAAUCAAGCCAGCCGAUUACUAGGCGCACCUGAGAAGGGUUUGACCACCUGGAACGACUACAAAGUUCUGGACAAGACCAGAGAGACGACGCGUAUCUAUUCGCUUGUCCUUGAAGCACUGGCUCCCUCAGAAGCGCCUACUGUGGUAGCACCUGGAUGCCACGUCAGAGCGCGUCUCGGUGGAAAGCUCGUCCGCACUUACUCUGUUGUUAUGGGAGAUUCCAAUCGCUUCCGACUGGCGAUUGCACUGAGUGAAACAAGUAGAGGAGGGUCCAAUUACGUUCACGACAAGUUACACCCUGGGGACGUUAUUCAAAUCGGCCCAAUCACCGCGAGCUUCCCCCUGGCAGAGAGCGCUGACCAUCACGUCUUCAUUGCUGGCGGCAUUGGAAUAAGUGCAUUGAUCGCUUCAGCUCAGCACUGCCAGAGACUGGGCAUUUUAUACCACCUGCACUACCUCGUGAGAAGCGCAGAUGAUGUCGCUCUCAAGCCGCUUCUGGCCGAGUUUGGCUCGAAUAUGACCGUCUACGACAAAUCCGCCGGCAAGCCCUUUGACACAGCGGCUAUCCUAAAUAAAAUCAACGACCAGACCCAUGUGUACUGCUGCGGACCCCAGCGACUACAGGAUUCUGUUUCAACAACCGCAACUGAACUGGGAAUCAACCCGAACAAUCUGCAUUUCGAAGCGUUCGAGGCUGCCACAUCCGGAGACCCAUUCACGGCGCAGCUAGCGGAGUCGAAUAUAUCGGUAGACGUAGAGGAGAACCAAACACUGCUCGAUGUCCUGCGUGAGACUGGGUUUGAUAUUCCAUCCUCGUGCGAGGCUGGCAAUUGUGGGACCUGUCGUGUGGGAGUCAAAGAGGGGCGAAUCGAUCAUAGAGGGAAAGGGCUGCCGGAGGCAGAGAAGUGCUCUGCCAUGUUGAGUUGUGUGUCUCGCGGUAUCGGGACGAUUGUAUUGGAACUGUAGAAAGUGGGGUAGAAAUUGUCGGUCUAGCCCGGGGUGUUGGACCAGGAACAGCAUUUGUGGGAGAUAUCAUUUUUAGACGCAGUAAAUAUGUGGAUAUUGAAGAAUAGCGGUGUUGCUAUACUGCAGGAGGUACAAGAUACGAUGCAUGCCGUUAAAAGGCACUCUUUAGAUAAUACGAUAUAGUUACGACCCCCCUACGCGACGUUCCCACGCAGCUCCGCGCCUCGGAUGCAUGAAUGGCUGGUGGUUCCCAG